UUGAUUGCCGACACCUUUUGUGGAGUAGGUUUUUCCCCCAAAGCCAGCCAUCAUUAUUGCAGAGACAGCCAGGGAAUAGGCUUUCCAAGGCUUUCAUCUAAAAGAUGCGACUGAAUUUACACCAACAACAUCGUAAUAGCCACAACAUCAUGAGUACCAUAAGCACCACCACCAGUAUUGUCAUAGCUUUAUGCACCCUCCUCAUUGUAUUACCAUCACCUGCUGCGGCUCGUAUGGCUUUUGAAAAGCUAACAGAUUUUGAUUUUGCCGGUACCACCUAUUACAGCGUUAAGAAUCUCUCCCUAUACGAAUGUCAGGGUUGGUGUCGCGAAGAAGCCGAUUGUCAAGCGGCUGCUUUCAGUUUUGUGGUGAAUCCUCUAUCACCCUCACAGGAAACGCACUGUCAGCUGCAAAAUGAUUCAUCAGCGCAUAAUCCUUCGGCCGCUCCUCAGCGUUCGGCCAAUAUGUAUUAUAUGGUGAAAUUACAAUUGCGCAGUGAAAAUGUCUGUCAUCGACCUUGGUCAUUUGAGCGUGUACCCAAUAAAGUGAUACGUGGCAAUGAUAAUGCUCUCAUCUAUACCAGCACCAAGGAAGCUUGUCUCUCAGCCUGUCUAAAUGAGAAACGUUUUGUUUGCCGUUCUGUGGAAUACGAUUACAAUAGUAUGAAAUGUGUGUUGUCCGAUGCGGAUAGACGUAGUGGUGGCCAAUUUGUACAAUUAGCCGAUGCCCAGGGUACAGAUUAUUUUGAGAACUUGUGUCUGAAGCCACAACAGGCUUGUAAAUCCACCCGAUCCUUUGCCAAUGCCCGAGUGGGAGUUUCAGAAGAGAAAGUAGCACAGUAUGUUGGCCUGCACUAUUACACAGACAAAGAAUUGCAGGUUACCUCUGAAUCGGCUUGUCGUCUGGCUUGUGAAAUUGAAUCGGAAUUCUUGUGCCGUUCUUUCUUGUAUUUGGGUCAGCCACAGGGAGCUCAAUACAAUUGCCGCCUUUAUCAUUUGGAUCAUAAAACUUUGCCCGAUGGCCCUUCCACCUAUUUGAAUCAUGAACGUCCCCUUAUCGAUCAUGGUGAACCUAUUGGUCAAUAUUUCGAAAAUGUUUGCGAUAAAUCUUCGGCCACACCACCUAGUCCUGGUGCAGGCGCUGGACCCAUUACCGGAGGUGGUUCUUUGGAUGGAAUUGAUCAAUUGCCCAUUACUUUUGAUCAUACAGAAGAUCCCAAUUUGAAUAUUAGCCGCAAUGAUGUUAACUGUGAUAAGACUGGCACCUGUUAUGAUGUAUCUGUACACUGCAAAGAUACCCGCAUUGCUGUACAAGUGCGUACCAAUAAACCAUUUAAUGGUCGUAUUUAUGCCUUGGGUCGCUCGGAAACCUGUAACAUUGAUGUUAUCAACUCUGAUUCCUUCCGUUUGGAUUUGACCAUGGCUGGUCAAGAUUGUAACACACAAAGUGUGACCGGUGUCUACUCGAAUACCGUAGUAUUGCAACAUCAUAGCGUUGUUAUGACCAAGGCUGAUAAAAUCUACAAAGUCAAGUGUACCUAUGACAUGAGCUCUAAGAAUAUUACCUUCGGCAUGAUGCCCAUACGUGAUCCUGAAAUGAUACACAUUAACUCUUCACCUGAAGCUCCACCACCAAGAAUUCGCAUUUUGGAUACACGUCAACGCGAAGUGGAGACUGUACGCAUUGGAGAUCGUUUGAACUUCCGCAUUGAGAUACCCGAAGAUACUCCUUAUGGCAUUUUUGCUCGUUCUUGUGUGGCCAUGGCCAAGGAUGCACGCACCAGCUUUAAAAUCAUUGAUGAUGAUGGCUGUCCCACAGAUCCCACCAUUUUCCCUGGAUUCACAGCCGAUGGCAAUGCUUUGCAGUCAACAUAUGAAGCUUUUAGAUUUACAGAAAGUUAUGGUGUCAUCUUCCAGUGUAAUGUGAAAUAUUGUUUGGGUCCUUGUGAGCCUGCAGUGUGUGAAUGGAAUAUGGAAUCAUUUGAGUCCUUGGGCAGAAGACGUCGUCGUUCCGUGGAAAGCAAUGAUACCAAGGAAGCCGAUGAGGACAUGAACAUUUCCCAAGAGAUUUUAGUUUUAGAUUUUGGUGAUGAGAAACGUGAAUUCUUCAAAUCUGAUCCCAGCACAGAUUUUGCUAAAGAUAAGACUGUCACUAUCAUUGAACCCUGCCCCACUAAAACUUCCGUCUUGGCUUUGGCCGUCACCUGUGCCCUCAUGAUCUUAUUGUACAUUUCCACCUUAUUUGUAUACUAUAUGAAAAAAUGGAUGCAACCCCAUAAAAUCGUAGCAUAAGUCUUAGUGAAACAAACAACAACACCCAUACACACUCACACACAUGACACAAACACAUACAAUUAAAUAAUUCUAAAUUUAUGAGAAAGGAAGGAAGCAAAAAAUUUUUAAGUUUAGAAAAUCAUAUUUCAUUAAAAAAAAAUUAAAGCUUUUGAUUUUAAUAGAUUAUUAUUAAAGAAAAAGAAAGUCGUGUACUUUUGCCCAGCAAAAAAUUUGGCUUAACCUUGAGGCAAAAGUUAUUUUUUAUGAUAUAUGAUAGCAAUGUAGUCUAGUAAGUUUUUUAUAAAUUUUAUUAUAAAACAACAUCAAGAAAAUAACAAAUUUUAAGAAUAUUUAAAAUUAAUAUUUAAAAACUUUAAAUG